AACAAAGUGGGUCAUGUUAGAAAAAAAAUAGGAAAAGGGAAAAAAUGCAAUCAACAACUAUAAGAGAAAAAGUACAACAAUAACUAAAAGUUAUAAGUAAAAAGAUUUUUUUAGAAAGAUGAAAAAAACUUAAAAAGAAAGUGGGUUGCCUCCCAUAAGCCGCCCAAUUUAACGUCUUUGACUAGACAAAAUUUACUACUUGCCAAUACAUAUACUCUUAAACCAUCAAGUAUUAAGAGAAGUGCCAUGAGGUUCUUAAAAACAUGCAAAUAGAUAAAAAUAAGAUAAGCAUAAGUACUCUGAUUUCAGCUUUGGUUGUCAAUUUCUACACCAAGAUUGUCACGGGAUGCUCAAAUAAGAACCUAAACUCAGAUCCUAAGUGCAUAUUUUAUACUUCAAACAUAAAAAAAAAUCAGGUCCUUAUGACAUUCUUCACUUUGAAACCAAAGUUCAGCAAUAAGGGGUCAAUAUUAUAUUUGCACAAACAAGCUAGAAGCUUAUAAAAUUAGUUCCUGUGCAAAAUUUACCAAGAAUAGUUCAAAUUUCAGAAGUAUAAGCACUUAGGGAACUCAAAAUCAGCUUGGUUUUAAGCAAAAUGUAGCAGUUUUUUUUUCAAAACUAAAGCAGUUCAAAACAGAUUUUCUGCAAAUUCAGCCUUUAGGGCACUAAAAUCAGCUUGUAAAAAUAUGUUAAAUUCUCCCAAAUCAGUUCCUAACUUCCUAUGCAAGUUUUUGAUGAUUAAAGUUCACAAUCCAACAAAUAGGCAUCUAGGAACUCAAAUUCAGCAUGAAAAUCAAGCAAAGAUGUUGCAGAUUUUUCCACAAAAACAGCAGUGUAGGUCUGAAUUUCAGCAAAUUCAGCUUCUAAACCUCAAAAAUCAGCAUAUAAACAUCAUGAUAUGCUUCAAAAUAUUAUCCCUAAGCAAAAUAUAGCAAUCAUGGUUCAUAUUUCAAGCAUAUGAGCACAUAUUUAGAAGCAUAUGAGCAGUUCUAGAGACAAAAAUCAGCACAUACAUUAAGUUAAAAAGUGCAGAUUUUAAGAAAAAUCAGCAACUUUAAAUCAAAUUUUAGAGCAAUGCUGUUUUUUUUGUUCUCUUGCAAAACAAUCAUCCGGAUGCAUAAGACUUAACUUCAUCACCUGGAGCACUUAGAAUCGACAUACUUGACAUAUAUCACCAAGAAUCCACAAGUAAAAGUUUUGAACAUGGUGCUCAGUUUGCAAAUUUAGAAGUAAAUAUUCAAGACACAUUGCAAAAAUCAACUUUAAGAGCAAAACUUCAGCAUGCAAACUAAGAAUUUAAGUGCAAGUUUUUUAGCAAUCAGUGUGGACUGUGGACAGAGAAUCAUUUGUGAAAAAAAACACCAUAGCUCAUUCAAAUCAACACAUAGCCUGUCUUAGCAACAUUUAGCAAGCAAGAAAGCACAAAAUAAUGUUCAAAAUGCAGAUUUUCUGAAAAAUGGUACCAAAUUCUUCACAAAAUAGCAUAUUGAUCACAAAUUUCAGCAUAAACACAAAGAACAUUGCUGAUUUCAGUUUGCUCUAGCUUUCCUAAUCUCAAUUGUAGAAAUUAAACAAGGAAACAGAUAUGAACAAAAGAAAGAAGCUACUUCUAGAACAAAUUUUCUAACAAACAAAGAACACAAGCACAUGCUAAAACGAUUUCUUAGAAUAUUUUCCCUGGCAACGGCGCGAAAAUUUGUUGAAGAUUUAUCGUGCAGUCCAAAACAAAUUAAAAAUUUAUAAAAUAUCCUUGUUGUGCGGUCCAAACCCAACUUAUCAAUGAAACUAUGGGUGCUUCUACCAAUCUUGAAGGACUAAAUGCCCCGAGGAGAGGUUGCACUAAUGAAGCUAUUCAAGGUGCAAGUUCUAAUGUAGCCACUUAUCUACGCCAAAGAAGGUCUACUUCCGGAACAUCAUUGACUGCUCAAGAAUCUCAAGGUGGUGAUGGUCAUGGUGAGGUAGAUGUGUUGCCACAUGAUGAUGAUGUGGAAGAUGACUUUGGACAAGCACCACCUUCCCCUCCUCAUAGUGUCCAAAAUGCAAGCAAUGACGUUUUUUAUUCCAUCUUUCUUGAAGAUUUCUGAGACUUUGUUGUCAAGCAAUGACUUUUUCAAUUCUACGUUUCUUGAGGGUUUUUAAAAUUUAAACUUUAUCUGCAACAUAUAACGUGAUAUGUUUAUAUUGGUGUUACUAAUGUAUAGCAAUUAGCAUUUACUGCUAGUCACCUUAUAGUCACUAGGUCGCCUAGGCGCCUAGGCGUCAUUGCGGUACACUAGCACUGCAACUCACCUUGGCGACGUGAUAACUAUGGUUAUGAUGGAUUGAAGAUUAUAUCUUUUGUACAAUUCAUAGGUUCAUUAAGUUGGGUCUUGGUUUUUAUCUUUUAUUUUAUAGUGCAUUUUGUUUUUGGUUAGGUUUGUGCCUUCCAGGUUCUAUCUAAGAUUCUCCCAAGUAGAAUAGUGCUCUGAGUAAUGAUAACACUAUUGCUUCAUUAGUAGUAAUGGCUAAGAGAAUUACUAAACCCAUUUGACUGCGGGCUCGUAAUGAUAGUUCGAAACUUUGAAUCUCUUGGCCCAAUAGAAAUGCUAAGAUACACAAACAAAUACUCCGUAUUACCUGCAUGAUUGUUUCCCAAUUGAAGUCUUAAACUGCCAAUUCAAUCAUCAUAAAAUAAUAUUCUUGAAUGUCAUGCAUCCCACUUAUAGUAGAGCUUAAAAUCACUGUCCUUAGGGAACUCGCCUCCAGCAAAGCGAAACCCAACAACGUCGACUUUCCAAGUGGAGUACGUCUCAUUCACGGCAUAAUCGUUGCGGGCGUCAUAAACCGCGAAGCUUUUGGAUUUGGUGCCCCAAUUGAAAUCGCACCAGAACAGAGUCGUAGCCCAGACGUUAACGCGGAACCGAAUCUCGCGCUCUUGGUUCUCCCCCAUGGUCCACACCCCCAGAUCAUCGGAUUUAGAUCGGCAGUGCACCUGCAGGUUCGGAGCAUGGAGCGAAUUGUUGGCCGGGAUAGAAUCUUGAAUCCGCACCACCUUUUUCGGGAGGAUAAGGCUAGCGGCACUGGCGAUCUGCGGCGGCGCUACUGUUGCGCAAGAGANCACCAGAACAGAGUCGUAGCCCAGACGUUAACGCGGAACCGAAUCUCGCGCUCUUGGUUCUCCCCCAUGGUCCACACCCCCAGAUCAUCGGAUUUAGAUCGGCAGUGCACCUGCAGGUUCGGAGCAUGGAGCGAAUUGUUGGCCGGGAUAGAAUCUUGAAUCCGCACCACCUUUUUCGGGAGGAUAAGGCUAGCGGCACUGGCGAUCUGCGGCGGCGCUACUGUUGCGCAAGAGACGAAAAACGUGAUGAAUAGGAAAGCUGAUUUUGAAGAAAUCUUAUGGCCCGUU